GCAACUUCCGGUCCUCAGACCCGGAAGUGGGUCCAAGUGCUUGGCCCACAGGGCGAGAGUAGCAUGGAGGCGCCGAUGCCACUGCCGCCGCGCGAGUCCGCGAGGUUCGUGGCCGAGAAUAGUCGCGACGUGGGCGUGGACCGCGAGGGCGUGCGCAGGGUGGCCGAGCUGCUGCUGCCCGCGGCCGUGGCGUGGCGCAUGGAGCAAUGGAAGGCCCUGCACGAGCUCAACCCGCGCGGGUCCGACGAGGCCGCGCUCGACUGGGUGUUUAUGGUGGACUCCCUCAACUUCUCCUUCUGGGCCGAGCGGGAGGAACGCAAGUGUGAGGUGCGCUACGGCGGGACGGCGUACACCGGCUACUGGGCCCUGUGCGCCGCCGUCAACCGCGCGCUGGACCAAGGGAUACCGGUGACUAGCGCCUCCUAUUACGCCACAGUGACCCUCGAUCAGGUGCGGAAUAUAUUUCGUUCAGACACGGCUGUGCCCAUGCCUUUACUAGAAGAGAGACAUCGAAUUCUCAAUGAAACUGGGAAGAUUCUGCUGGAGAAGUUUGGAGGCUCUUUUCUUAAUUGUGUCCAAAAGAGUGGAAAAAGUGCCCAGAAGUUAAUGCACCUCAUUGUGGAGAACUUUCCUUCUUACAGAGACGAGGCAUGGUUUGAGGGGAAAAGGAUCUCCUUUUACAAACGAGCACAGAUCCUCGUGGCAGACACGUGGAGUGUUCUGGAGGGCAAGGGAGAUGGCUCCUUCGAGGACAUCUCCAGCAUCACCAUGUUUGCUGACUACAGGCUGCCUCAGAUUCUCGCACACCUUGGUGCCCUGAAGUACUCUGACGAGUUACUGAAGAAGCUUCUAGAAGGAGAAAUGCUCUUAAAUGGAGAUAAACAAGAAGUGGAAAUUAGAGGUUGCUCGAUUUGGUGUGUCGAGCUGAUCCGGGACUGUCUUCUGGAGCUGCUUGAAAAAAGGGGUGAAACCCCUCUUGUUGAGAUCAAUGCAAUUCUUCUGGACUAUCAUCUGUGGGACUAUGCCCGCGAGCACAGGGACGACAUGAAGGGAGUCCCGUUCCAUCGCACGCGCUGCAUAUACUACUGACCCUGAGCGGAGUGGGUCCACUUGAAAACUUGACUUUUACAUCAUAAUUCACACGUCUGAUUCACUAUAAAGGUAGAAAUUACGCUGGGCGCCGGUGGUGCACACCUUUAGUCCCAGCACUCAGGGCACAGAAGCAGGUCGACCUGUGAGUUCAAGGAGAGCCUGGUCUACAGAGUACGGACAGCCAGGGCUACACAGAGGAAACAAGGAAAAGGACAGGUCGAAGAUAGAAAUUGCAGGAAUAGGCCAUUCACUGUCCAGUCACCAUUCUUUUCUUUUGUCAUAGAUUGUGUUCCCAUAAUCAUGUUGCAUAGCCUUCAGAGUUAACGUCCACGUCUCCAGUUGGUAGCAUUUCUCAACUGUUAAUCAUUUAAUCAUUUUCUUCCUUCUUCUCCUUUUGCUUUAAUGGUCCUAGGGAUUAAGCCUAUGACCUUGUAUAUGCUGAGUAAGUGCUCUACCACUGAGUCGCAUUCCUAGCUUAGUUAUUUUCUGUCUAGUUUAAUAUUGGGCUGGAGAGAUGGCUCAGCGGUUAAGAGCACUGACUGCUCUUCCAGAGGUCCUGAGUUCAAUUCCCAGCAAACACAUGGCACCUCACAACUGUAACUCCAAGAUUUGACACCCUCACACAGACAUAAUACAGGCAAAACACCAAUGCACAUGAAAUAAAAAUAAAUAAAUUUUUAAAAAUAAUUUAAUAUUAAGUAGAGAUAGUCUUUGAUGCAUGAACUAUUGCUAUUAUAAAAGUCGGUUGUGAACGCUUGGUACGGUGUUACAUACCACCAUACAUAUGGUGGGGAUGGAAUCCCAGCACUCAGAGGAUGGAGGCUGGAGGAUCGUGAAUUCUAGGCCAUCCUGGACCACUCAGAAGGCAAAAAUAGAUGCUUCUCCACUCGGGGCAUUUGCUUCUCUUGUAGAGGGCAUGAGUUUGGUUCCCGGCCCACAUGUUGGGCACUAACAGCUCCUGGUAACUCUAGCUCCCAGAGAGCCGGUACUCUGCGGGACUCCAUUGUCAAAUGCACACAUAAAAUGAAAGUCUUAAAAGUAGGGCUGAGGAUGCAGUGCAGUUGAAGUGCCUGCCUGCCAGGCCGAAGGCCCUGGGCUCAGUAGACAGCACUGUGUGAAACCAAGUGUGUGCUGUCACCUUCCAGGAAUCCCAGCACUGAGGUGAAACUCAGGGAGGUCAGAAACUGACCGAACGGGCCAACCCGGAAUACUUAAGACCUUGUGUUUUUAAUACAGAUUUAAUUCAUUGAGAAUUUUCUACUGUACUUUGAUCGUAUUCACUCCCUAACUCCUGCCAGAUUCACCCUCAUCUCACCAACUCCAAGACCCGAUCUUAGAAAAAUAAAGAUUAAUCUUUGCAUUUUA